AUGCAGAAGAAUAAGAAGAAGGAGACAGGAGACAGAAGGAGACAGAAGAAGAAUACGCAGAAGAAUACGCAGAAGAAUAAGAAGAAGGAGACAGAAGGAGACAGAAGGAGACAGACGGAGACAGAAGAAGAAUACCGCAGAAGAAUACGCAGAAGAAUAAGAAGAAGGAGGCAAGGAGACAGAAGGAGACAGAAGGAGACAGAAGGAGACAGAAGGAGACAGAAGGAGACAGAAGGAGACAGAAGAAGAAUACAGACGCAGAAGAAUAAGAAGAAGGAGACAGGAGACAGAAGGAGACAGAAGAAGAAUACGCAGAAGAAUACGCAGAAGAAUACGCAGAAGAAUAAGAAGAAGGAGACAGGAGACAGAAGGAGACAGGAGAAGAAUACGCAGAAGAAUAGAAUACGCAGAAGAAAACGCAGAAGAAUACGCAGAAGAAGGAGACAGAAGAAGACAGAAGGAGACAGAAGGAGACAGAAGGAGACAGACGGAGACAGAAGAAGAAUACGCAGAAGAAUACGCAGAAGAAUAUGCAGAAGAAAUAAGAAGAAGAAGAAGAAGAGCAACUUUGUUGCUGAAGUACGUUGUGUUGCACCUGUGGCCCCUGUGGCCGCUGAUGUGCUAACGGAACCACCAAGUGAAGAGGUAUGUGUUAGUGAUCAGGAUAGAUAG